AUGUUGGUCAAGAACCAAAAUGUUAACAUGAUCAUCUUGUUGCUAAUUGUAUGCAAACUCUCACUUGUUGUUGGAUCAAACACAUGGGUUGGUUCUAAAUACCAAAUCCAAUGCACAAUGUGUGCUGCUUGUGACAACCCAUGCAACCAACCCACAUACUCUCCACCACCACCGCCGCCGUCGCCACCGCCACCAUCCAUACCCAAACCCUCGCCACCCACAACCAACUGCCCUCCACCGCCUACUCCACCCACAUCAGGUGGUGGCGGAUACUAUCAUCCGCCACCAUCAACCUCUCAAGGUCCUUACUACACCUACCCACCACCAGCACCAUUCAACAAUAACUACCCUACCCCACAACCACCCAACCCCAUUAUGCCUUACUUUCCCUACUAUUAUUACAAUCCUCCACCACCCGCGCCAUCCGUGGCAGCCGUCUGCCGCCCCGGAUCCGCCUAUCUGUUAUUACUCAACCUUGUUUUACUUUUCUUUUAUAUAAUAUAUUAA